AUGAAUAAAUCAAAGUGUUAAUCUUGCAACAAAAACAUAGCCAUUCUCAAUUGCGUGACCUGUUCUCUUAUUCUGUGUUACUUUUGUGACGAGAAACUGCAUUCAGACAAGGAAAACCAUAUCACAACAACUUUGCCAUUUGCCUCCUAACAUCCAACUUAAUAAAAUCAAUCUCAUCUAAAUCAAACUAUCUAAUAGAAGAGAUUGGAGCUAUAGGAACUAAAGGAUAAAGAAUAAAAAAUAGCUAAGAUUUACCAAGAGAAAAUGCUACAUGCCUAAAAGAAAUAUGAGCAGCAGAUUAAUUCACUUGAAGAGAGAUGUAUCACUAUUUAUUAUGUCCUUAUAGUAUAAUCAGCAUCGCAAUUCAUGAAUUAAAUGUAGGAUCAAGUUGAAGAGAUCGAUGUUGAUAAAAUGCAAAAUGAAUUGGAAGGCUUGGAUAAGAGUUUGAAAUUGGAUAUCAAAAAAGCUGAAUAAGAAUAAUCUAUUCUUUAGGAAAAAUCAAAAAAUGCUGAUUAGCUCAUUAGCAAAUUACAAAAAGCAACUGAAAUUGAACAAAAACAAAUUUUAAAAAUGAAUGAAGUAUUAGCAGUAUUUAAAGCUUGUUCAGAGUAAUUGCAAAAAGAAAAAGUAUUAUAAUUCAAUCCAACAUUUUAUAGGAUCUAUUAAUGUUGGAUAAUGAAAAACUUGUUGGAGAAGUAGAAAUAUUUGCUAAAUUUAUGGCUGAGAAUGGUCCUCUCUUGGAAGAAAUAGGUAGAGUUAAAAAUGAAUAAUAAUAGUAAUAAUAAUAAUAAUAACAAUCAUGA